AUGAUUUUUUGGUUUUGGAUCGGCUGCUUCUCUCUCAUAUUUACUUGUGUGAGGAGUGAGGAAAGAAACUUUCGGGUUAUCAUUGACCAAGUUAACAUUACGAAUGUCGAUAGAGACGUUUAUGAAAACGUUGAAUGCAAAGUGCAUCAGAUUAACAAUCGGACCUACAUCGAUUCCAGUCAUAUGUUUAAGCAUAAGGUUGAAGAUCUGAGGGUUCAUGCUGCCAUGGAUUUCUGGAAACUGAACAGUAAGCAGAAGAUGAAACUGUAUGAUGUUGAGUUGGAUGGCUGUUAUAUCCUGGAAAAUGCCAACAAAAACCGAUUGUUCAAUAUGUAUGUAAAGAGCUUGAAAAAACAUUCAACCGUGAAAUUUAAGUGUCCCUUUCAAGCGAAUGUGAACUAUGAAGUGAAGAACAUGACAAUGAAUGAGGAGGACUUCCCUUCGUUUGUUCCUCUUGGAAAGUUUCGGUCUCUUAUUGAAUACAUUAUAAAUCAGAAAAUGAGGGCUAGAUUCAUUGCAAGUGGAAAAAUUAUUCCAUAUUCAACGGAUCCAUUAAAAGUAUUAACGUAA